UCGUCUGGCACUGGUUGUUCCUCAAGUAUCUUUAGUUUACAUUCAGUAAAACUUUUCAGGAAUUUAUCUUGUUUUGAAAUGGCGCCUAUUAAACAAAAUGGAAUGAGCGAUUACGAAAUGCAACGGGCUAAAAAUAUGGAAGAAAAUCGUCGAAUUUUGGAAAGCAUUCGUCAAGAACAGAUUUACAAAUAUGAAGCUUUACAGCCAGUUAAGCAAAAGGAGAGGAAACCUGCUGAACCGAGACCUAAAAAGAAACCUCGAGUUGAAACAGUAGGCGGCCCAGAAGGUGUUGAGGCUGAAACUAACAUUAGUGGUAUAAGGAAAUCUUCGAGAAUCUCUGGAAAGACUGCCGAAUAUUCAAGAGGUUUGAAAGAUGAAGAUUCAGAUGACAAAGAUUAUGAGGAAGAGUAUUACGACGAUGACUCAGAUGAAGAGGACGGUGAAGGCCGAAAAAGAAAACGUGUGAGAGGACCACAACAGAAGAUUGUGAUACCAAAAAAUCGUGUCAACUUUUAUGGUGCUGUUCCAGGAGUAGAGAUUGGAAGAAUUUGGGAAAUGAGAAUGCAAUGCUCUGCUGAUGGAGUCAUGCGGCCUCCUGUAGCUGGAAUUCAUGGAGGUCCCGAAGGAGCUUACUCGAUUGCCCUUUCUGGCGGCUACGAAGAUGAUGUCGAUCUUGGUGAUUGUUUCACUUACACAGGCGAAGGUGGCCGAGCACUCAGUGGCACCAAAGCUAAACCUAAAAAUCUACGAACUGCCCCACAGAGCAAAGACCAAACGUUAACAAAAGGCAAUUUGGCCCUCAGCUUAAACAUCGAAACAAGGAAACCUGUUCGCGUAAUUCGAGGAUACAAAUCCAAUACUGAAUUCUCUCCCGAAUAUGGCUACCGUUAUGAUGGUUUGUAUUCCGUGGAGAAGUAUUGGUUGUGCGUUGGCAAGUCUGGUUUUAAAGUAUACAAAUUUGCUUUGAGAAGAUGCCCAGAUCAAGCUCCUCCUCCUUGGGUGACUAAUAAGAAAACAAAAGUACAAGAAGAACCAGUGGAAAAGAAAGAAGAUGAUAAAGAAAAUUGUAAUAACGAUCUUCAAUCUAGUCCGUCUCCAUCAGAAUGAACUCAUUCAACUUCAGAUCCCUUUUCACCUGUUAUGUCCAUUUUACUCAAAUCGACAAGCAUUGAUUGCAAAACUCCUGUUUUAAUCAAACAUGUUGGCGUUAAUAAACGGAAAAUGUAUUUUUAAA